UGUGAACAUUUUUGCUCACUGUCAAUUAUUUUACACCCAUAUAUGUGAUUAGUUUUGUAUUUAAACGAAAUUUGUUGUUUACGCUAAAUUAAAAGUGAUUAAGAGUUGAGUACUAUGGGGGAUGAUCGACCAUUGCAAUACAAUAUCAAGUGGGAUGUGUGGGAGGGCAAGCCCAUAACAGACAUUCAUUUCAAGAAUUACGGCAUCGUUAUAGAGUUUAUGUGGGAGAAUUCAUUUCUGCAGAGCAGCGUAUAUGAGGGACUCGGUCUGCACGAGUUGGCGGAAAUGAAGGGUAUUUAUACGGAUUAUUGUAGGCAUAUCUUACGGAACGAGUGCUCCGUGAUGAUGAUGAACGAGAGUGAGACCCAGAUUGAGGCCGUGGCCCUGCUUGAGUGGAUGACUGACGCUUGGCAUUCCUGGGUGUUUCUGCCCUCAUAUGUUGCGAAGGGUCUCUUCCAGAAGCUGAUCGAUUUGAAGGAACAGCUUAUGAGCGAUACCAAGAGGAACCUAAACUUGGAUAACUUUGAUUGCCUGAUGGUGCACGAAAUUGGCUUCCCAAGCGAAUUGUACGAGGACCAGCAUUUCGCGAUGUGCAUCUUCGACGUGUUCGGCAUGGUGGCCCAGCACAUGCACAUGCCUCGAGUCUGCUUCAUCGCCCUGACCUGCAAGGACCAGUAUAUGUCUGCAUUGGCCGAGUACACCGAAUACGGCAGAUCGAUCUACUCCAUUUAUAAGGCUGAGGGCAAUAAGCGGCCAUUCGAUUGCCUGCGCGACCUGGAUGAAAUGUACGCCCUGCUCUAUGUGCUGCCUCUGGAUCCGAUACUGCAUUAUAUGGAAUGGCCUGGAUUCGAGGCCUUCCACGAAGCUCUAAAGGCAAAAGAGCUCAAGGAGAAGGAGGAGGAGUUGAUGCGACAAAAUGAUCUGUGAAACAAAUAGAUAUACUUAUGUAAAUAGAUUAAAUCGUAAAACAAUUUGUUCCCAGGUGUA